AUUUUCUGAACACUUUAAUCAGAUUGAUUCUCGAAAGAACACAUACUGCAGGAAUUAUGAUCGAAUAUUUGGAUUUGAGACAAACAUAAUGAAGCAUCAAAUGGAUUUGUUUCGGAGUCUAGAGAACUUUUUAUGAGUUCUCCGUAUUUUUUAUAAUUGAUUAUUUGACUUAGGGUCAUGAUCAAAUUGAGUAAAAGCGAUUCCCAGAGUAUAUAUAAAUGGAGAUUACUUGUUUAGUCAUUAUAAGUGGAAAAGACUUUGCCCUGAAGAGCUUUCAUCAUUACUGGAGAAAUCUCAAACAGCACAAUGAAGUCCCAAGUUCUCAUUGCUCUAGCACUUAUAGUAGUGAUGUAUGAACUGGUGCCCAGCGAGGCUUCCUGCGGAGGUGGCUACUACCCGAGACGUCCAUGCGGAGGCUAUGGCGGAUAUGGAUUAGGAGGAUAUGACUCUGGAUUCCCUGGAUAUGGAUAUGGAUAUGGAGGUGUAUAUGGAUUCCCUGGAUAUGGAGGUGGAUAUGGAUUCCCUGGAUAUGGAGGUGGAUAUGGAUAUGGAUGCCGAAGAUGUCCAUAUAGUUGUGGUAGACGACGUGAUUUUGGUGGUGAUAUAGUACCAUACAAUGCUGGUGAUGAUAAUGAUGACGAAGAUUCAUCGGAUCUUGCAUCGGAUUGAAAAUGCUGAUGAAACUGGUGCUACAGCAGACGGCUGCAGAUAUAAUCUAAAUCCCUUAUUUGGAUUACCAGAUCAAUACAUAAAACUCAUUUCUGCUGCUUUAGGUGACUAUUUAGAAUCAUUCUUCAAGAAUUCACCUUUUUUUGAAAACUGAUGUUCAAAAUGAAACUUAUCAUUUGAAAUUUACUGAUAACUUAAGGAUAUAUUCGAAUUCCGCUUUAGAAAUCAAAAUUCCUCCCUUUUAAAAAUUUGAUAAAACUGAUGUUUAACGAUUGUAAUUGCUUCCAAUAAAAUUAUUGCUUUGGUAAUCGUA